UGUAACGAGUGGGAGGCAAGCUUCCGAGCGAGCGAAUGGUUCACUCGAGGCUGGACACUUCAGGAGCUGAUUGCGCCAGUAUCAGUUGAGUUUUUUACCUGCGAGGGAUGGCGCCUCGGCAAUAAAGAGUCGCUUGAACAGCUGGUGCAUGAGAUUACCGGUAUUCCACUUGCAGCAUUGCGCAAUUGUCCCUUGGACCAAUUUACCACAUGUGAGCGAAUGACAUGGGCCAAGAAUCGCAAAACGACUGAGGAAGAAGAUAGUGUAUACUGCCUUCUUGGAAUUCUAGAUGCCGCUAUGCCAGUCUCCUAUGGCGAGGGAAGAGAGAAUGCGCUCAGACGACUCCAGAUUGAAAUAGAAGCAACCAGCAGCGCACCAUCCAUUAUUCCGUUCUCCCAAAACGACCAUUUUGUGGGUCGAGAGUCACAGCUUGCUGAGCUAGAGGCGAAGCUCUUCGGCGACAAGCGUACCGCUACCACGUUGGCGAUUAUAGGAUCUGGAGGAACAGGCAAGUCACAGCUAGCCCUUGAACUUGCGUACAGAACAAGACAAAAGAACAAGAACUGCUCAGUCUUUUGGAUUGAUGCAAACAACGCAGACAGUCUUGAUCAGUCGUAUGCAAGUAUUGCUCAGAAGCUUGACAUUCCUGGCUGGGCCGAUGAGAAGGUGGAUAUCAAACAGCUUGUUAAACAUCGUUUAGGGGAAGAGUGUGUAAGACAAUGUCUGCUCAUCUUUGACAACGCAGAGAACAUAGGCCUAGGGUCUAGUGGAUUAGCAGCGGCACGAGAGGUUGAUUUGGCCGACUACCUACCCCACUCUGACCUCUGCUCUGUCAUUUUUACAGCAACUGAGAUCAGCACUGCAAUGCGGGUCGCAGUGCAGAACGUUGUAGAGCUACAGGAACUGACACCAGAUGCGGCCAAAAGGAUGUUAGAUAACUACCUGGACAUUCCGAUUUCUGAAAGCGAGCAGCAGCCCGCGAUCCUGCUGUUACAAGAGGUAUCAUAUCUCCCGCUAGCAAUUGUCCAAGCGGCAGCCUAUAUCAAUACCACAGGUGUGACGCUUCAGCAAUACCAGUUACUCUUAGAGAGGCAGAACAAACACACUCUUGAGCAUAGUGGCGAACCGUCCGAGGACAAAGAACAAGGGCGUACUACAAAGAAUCCUGUAGCUGCUACGCUGUUCGUAUCUAUAGAUGAGAUCCAACGUAGCAACACACUUGCAGCGGACUAUCUGCUUCUUACCGCCUGCGUCGCCCCAAAGGACAUUCCGCUCGAUCUUCUACCGGCAAAGGAGCCUAGAGAGAGGGAAAAUGCGGUCAACAUCAUUAGCAGAUAUGCUCUUAUUACUAGGCGGCCUGCAGAUUCUGCACUUGAUAUUCACCGAUUAGUGCAUCGCGCUCUGCGAGAGUGGCUCCAACAGUGGAAGCAGCUAGGCCAAUGGGCUCAGGGUGCUACUUCACAGCUACUUCGAGUGUUCCCGGAUCACGAUCAUCAAAAUAGAAGCAAGUGGAGACGAUUGCUUCCACAUGCCAAACAUGCUCUGUCGAACAGUCGCGCUGGGCUUGACUGCGAAGACAGAUUGGAUCUCUUAUGUAAAUAUGCCAAUUCGCUGUAUUCUGAUGGACAAUAUAACGAGGCCGAGCAGCUGUUUGUGCAAGUGGUGGAGUUAGCAAAGAGGGUGCUUGGGGAGGAGCAUCCGAACACGCUGACUAGCAUGGCCAAUCUGGCUUUAAUAUAUACGUAUCAAGGGCGGUGGAAGGAGGCAGAAGAGCUGAAUAUGCAAGUGAUAGAGUUGAGAAAGAGGGUAUCUGGGGAGGAGCAUCCGGAAACGCUGACUAUCAUGGCCAAUCUGGCUUCAAAUUAUUCG